AUGUUUGUUCCCUUCUGGAAUAUUUCCCUAACUCCUCCCAUCCCUCGUCCUCCACCCUUUUGGGGGACAUCUUUACCCAGGGAGAAAAAAUGGGUGACCGUGGGUGAUACGUCCCUGAGGAUAUUUAAGUGGGUUCCUGUGACAGACAGCAAGGAGAAAGAAAAGUCAAAAUCAAACAGUUCAGCAGCCCGGGAACCUAAUGGCUUUCCCUCGGAUGCCUCAGCCAAUUCCUCUCUCCUCCUUGAAUUCCAGGAUGAAAACAGCAACCAGAGUUCGGUGUCGGACGUGUAUCAGCUGAAGGUGGAGAGCAGUACCAACUCGAGCCCCAGCCCCCAGCAGAGCGAGUCCCUGAGUCCAGCACACACGUCGGAUUUCCGCACCGACGACUCCCAGCCCCCGACUCUGGGCCAGGAGAUCCUGGAGGAGCCUUCCCUGCCUGCCUCCGAAGUGGCUGAUGAGCCGCCCACCCUCACGAAGGAGGAGCCAGUCCCGCUGGAGACACAGGUCCCAGAGGAAGAGGAAGACUCCGGCGCCCCGCCCCUGAAGCGCUUCUGUGUGGACCAGCCCGCAGUGCCGCAGACAGCCUCCGAGAGCUAGCACCGCUGCGCCCUCUGCCUCCUGGCCCCCCUGCCUCUAUUUAUUGCAUUCUGGUUCUGGCCAUGCUGUGUUGCUGGGGUACGGGCAAGCACUGGGGUCCAGAGCCUGCACUUCUGAGCUGGAAGGCUGACAUACGACUUGGGGUGGGAGCAGCAUCUUCCCGUCCCGACACCUGUGUCCGCUUGCGCCCGAAGAGAGGAGAAGUCACGUCCCUGUUGCACCCUGCGUAGGCUGGCACGUCGGCCACCUCCAGGCUCAAGGAGCUCCUCCAGGGAGCCGAUCUGCUGUGGAGCCUCUGGACCGGCCGAGCUGCUGCCGCUUCACGAGAGGAAGGAGAUGGAUGUGGAGGGCCGCUGCAGACUUGAACUUGACUGGAGACUCGGUUCAUUGGUGGGCUGGCCUGUCGGGCUGCUGUUGGAGAAGGACUUGGAGGGGAAGGGCUCUUCUCCAGAUGGAGGCAGAACGCUCUCGGUGCUGAGGUGGCCCUGCCUCCAGCGGGCGCUUGCGCUGCUGACAGUCCUUUGUCCCCGCUGGAGCUUUUUCUGUCCCCCAAAUGCACACUUCUUCACCUGUACAUUUCACUCUGGCAUUCCCCCAGCACUGUGCCACACACUGCCCCAGCAAGAAGGCGAGGCUCAGACAGCAGUCCCCUUGCCCCCCUCAGACUUUCUAGAAGGUUUCCUUUUCUUUGAAAUCUGCAUGUUUAAUUAAACUUGGUGAUUUUUAUUUUUUGUUUCAAAAAAAAAAAAGUUUAAGAAAAGAAAUGGGCAACAGUGAGUGAAGACAUAUUUUAGCACUGCAUAGAAUAUUUUUAAAAUUAAAAUGACUUGAAAUAUG